AUGAUUGAAGAAUUAUUAUCAGCCAUAAAACAGUCAGAAUGGCAUGAGGCAGAACGUAUUUUGAUGAAUUACUGGAUGCUGCAGUGUCCAUGGAUUUGUGUACCUACGUCAGAUACGUUUGACUUCAUCAUGAACGAAAAUGCAUUCAAUGAUAAACUAAUACAUCCUAUUGCUUGUGCUUACUGCUUAGACGAAAAUGUUAAAAUGGAUUUAAAGCCAUUAAAUUAUGCAUUCUAUGGGUCGCAGUCUACAAAAAGCCAUCUUAGUUUUUUUUGUGGUCAUGUUUUCAAGAGUGGAGAAACAACUUAUUCAUGCAAAGAAUGUGCAGCUGAUGCGACAUGUGUAAUGUGCUAUGAAUGCUUUUCAAAUUCAGCUCAUAAAUCUCAUCGAUAUAGAAUCGAAUGUCUUGAGAUGGCGGCAUCAAGUGGAAAUGGUUAUUGUGAUUGCGGUGAUGUAGAAGCGUGGAAAGAGCAUCCAGCUUGCAAGUUACAUGAAGUAAAUCAAGAAGAGGAAAAUUCAAGGUUUAUCUUCAGAAAUCAUCGAUAUUUCAGAGUUGAGAACUUGACAGGGGAAGAUAAAAAAGAAUUAGAAAAACGUGUCUAUUCAUUAACACGAAUUAUUCUCCAGUUCGCAAUAAAAGUUAUUUGUUGGACUGAUGACGACUUUUUACCCACAUUCAUGAGAGAUAAUAGCGCUGACAGCACUUUGCCACCAUAUCAGACAAUCUUGAUGAAUGAUGAAACUCAUACAUACGAUUCAGUGAUCAGAGCAUUGAAUCUCUCGAUAAAUUGCACUGAAACAGAAGCAAUGCAUCUAGCAACUAUAAUUGAUCGUGAAGGACGUGCCUCUGUACGUAAUGGCAGUAUGGACUAUUGUAGAAAAGCAAGAGAAGAAAUUCAGAGACGCACUCAAAGAGAUUCAAAUCACCGAACGGAGAAAAGUGGUCCGUUAAAUGUACGUGUUAUCGAUAGCCGUUUUAUUUCCUUGCAGAAUUUUGCAGUGCGUUUAGUUGGAUGGUUAAAAGCUCAAACACGCUGUUUUCCAGCUUUAGCGUUUACUGUAGGUGAUAUAUUAUUAAAUGAAAAAAUAAGUGAAGAUACCGAUGAAACUCUGAUGAUCCAUGCAAUGAAACAUGACUCGGUGAUUUGGAAAGGGGCAAGGAUUAUUUUUCAUCAGAUUAUUAUGGCAACAGUACUGAUGAAUAAUCAACAAAAACAACAGUUUGCAACAUUGUACGUACAGUUAUACAAAAAAGUUUACGAUGAUUUUAUCGAUGACGAUCUUGAUCAUUCCGUGUCUAUAACAGCCUUAACUGUUCAAAUAUUCACAGUACCUACGUUAGCAAGAUUCCUUAUUGCUGAAGAAUCAGUAUUGAAAGUCAUAUUCGAUUCACUAAUUAGUCGAUGUGAAAAAUACCUUAAAGUUCCUGAGAAAAUGAAAUUCGAUUUCUCUUCGCGUUCAUAUCCCCAUGCACUUCGGCGAUCCAUUUACAUGCUUUAUGAUGGAAAAUACUUGUUGUCAGUAGUUCCUUCAAAGGAGGAGUGGUCACCUUUACUGCGUGAAAAUUUUAUUGAUGGUUGUUCUUCUCUCAUACGUUUUCUUUCAUUUAUGCAGGGGAUGGAUGAUGUCCGUCGUCAAACUUCAGAACAUCAAACUUGGGAGCAGGAAUGGGAAACAGCAUUUAAUAUACAAAUCAAAUUACAACAUGUUCUUACACUUGUGAUAUUUUGGGCUAAUUCUGAUGUGAGAGAUCUUUGUUUGCAAGAAAUCGUACAUUAUCGUUUAAUGACUUUGCUGCUUGAGGAGUUAGAAGCGAUCACAAGUCGCUGUCCUGAGUUUAUUCAACUUACUUCUGUAGAAGGCUUUACUUUAGUAAAUGAUAUAAAAGCAACGUGCAUACCAUUUGAUAUGUCACUUGGUACUCUAUCCGUUCAUCAGCCUCACUGGCGACUUCUGGCUGGUUUGUUUACUGCACCUCAGUCAUUUCUUCGAAAAGUUGUUAUUCAGAAUGUUGAGGAUGUUGAGGAAAAAGUUCCUGAAAUGAUGAUUAAUAUGAAAGGAAGGCGUGCUUUACUUUUGGAAAUGCCUCUGCGGAUAUUUGUGCUUUGUUCUCAAUCACAAGCACAGAUGUGGCGAAGAAAUGGAUUUUCGUUAGUGAAUCAGAUUCAUAAUUAUUCUGCCCCGCUCUGUCGAGCCGAAAUGUUCGAUAGAGAUGUCCUCUUAAUGCAGGUUUGUGCGGCAUUGACGCCACCAGAUAUAUUUAUUAUAAGGGUUUUAUACCGAUUUGGUUUGCACGUUUGGGCUUUGCCAAAUUAUGAAGAAGUUGUUCCUGGUGUUGUAGCGUCUGAUGAUUCCAGUCGAUGUACAAUUACGUUGGCAGAGGAAAUGCUUCAAUUGUUUAUCAUUGUUAUCGGCAUGCUUUAUUCCACAUUUUCUAGAGAGCGUUACCUGCCUGGUGUUGGCAAGUCAACAGCUGAAGAUCUACUGAGACGCGAAGUGCUUCAUAUUCUUGCAACGGAGCCCAAAACAUUCAGUAAAGUAGUAAUCGAACACCUAUUGCCAGAAAGUCAGCUUUUUGCGAAAAUUUCUAUAGAAGAGGCGGCCAAAAGUGUGGGAGAUUUUAGAAAGCCUACUAAAACAGCACCCGGAAUAUUUUAUUUGAAGAAUGAUGUUAGAAAUGAGUACAAUUCAUUUUUUUAUCACUAUACGAAAACGGAUGUUUCAAAUGCUGAUCAGUAUAGACAAAAAGAAGCAGCAGUAGCUGCCCCACCGAUGCCGCCACCAUUUGAACCAUUUUAUCAGCCAAUUACCAAUCUUUUGUGUUCUAAGACGAUGAUGCAUUUAUUUAGUAUUGUUUUGGCGAGGACAGCUAGAAGAAGUCGUUUUUCAGGCGAUGGGUUGUUUCAUCGAGUUCUGUUUCUAAUUGGAAUGGGUCUCAAUGAACAGAUCUCAAACAAAAAUUUCGAUUUCAUUACUUGUGCCGAAAAAGUUAAAAUUUUUGAAAUGAUGAAGGCUUUAGUUGGGAAACCUGAAUCGGAAUCACAUGCCGAUUUAUUGCAAUAUACACUUGAGCUCUAUGAAACAAUAAACUUAAGUAAAAACGCUGAAUCACAAAGGAAUUUGAAAAUGGAAACAUCCGAUUUGGAAAUGAAAACUAGAAAAGCAGCUACUGCUGCAAAAAAACGAAAACAAGCUAUGGAUCAGAUGAUUCGACUUCAAAAGCAAUUUGUGACACAGAAUAAGGAAUUUCUUGGGAAGGAGUACAGUGAAGAAAUGGAAUCUCAAAGACAAGAUUGCAGUGAAGAACCUAUUGGAAUUUUACCGGAAGGUAGUGGUUUUCCAAUAUGCUUGGGUAUUAAUCGAACUAUUGCUAAAUACAAUUUCUGCAGACGAAUUACGUGCAUUCUUUGUCAAGAGGAGGAAUAUGUUAAAGAAAGUGGCCAGGCAAUAGUCUGUGUUGGUUUCAUGCAAAGAUCAUCCUUGUUUUCGAAAGUAAAGCAGGAUAAAAAGGAAUCAGAUUUGUCGGAAAUUUUCGUUCCAGCUGCACUUCGAAGCGGCGGAGAAGCAUCAACAUGUGGCCAUUUGAUGCAUUUUAACUGCUACAAAAAGUUUUCUGAGUUGAUACGAGAUCGUGAUCGUGGCAGAAAUCGGCAGCCUUUGGCUUUCAAUCCUCGUGUGGUUGACGUUAGUUUGGGCGAAUAUUUGUGCCCUCUUUGUAAACGUUUGAGCAAUACCAUAUUACCAGUUCUACCUCCUCUUUUGCAAGAUUCCAUGGAAAGAGUUGAACCGGAAAAAAACUGUAUUGAAUUCGCAGACUGGUUAAAUAAUUGGCUCGGUACGUUUGCUGAUGUGCGCAAGACGAAGGCAGGAAAACCAUUUAAAGGCUUUAAUAGAAAAAGGUCGCAUUCGGAACGUUCUUUAAUGGAUUUAGGUAGUACAGAUAAUGGAGCAGAAAAUCCUUUAUCAGUAUCGGUUCCGUCAACUUCUGUGAUGUCUCUUACAGAAAAGAACUCAACACAGUCGGAUGUGGAACAAGUGAUGGAAAUGGCCAGUAGUGAUGUCAAAAGUGAAAAAAAAAAUGUUGAACGAGAAAGCAGUUCUGAUGGUAAAUUUUUGUCGAUUUUAUCAUCUUUCCCGGAUUUAAUGCAUAAAAUCAGAGACAUGCUUACACAUCCAGAAAAGCAACAAAGUGACAGUUUUCUUGAUAAUUUUCAGCAUGCGGAUACAUUUUUCUGCGGAAAUUUGGGAGAUGGUCAAUUAUUUUAUGAAAGAAAUAGACAUCUACAAAAUGAAGGGUUACCUGACUACUUCAAUCAAGAAAUUUUGGGAACAUUAUAUACAUUUCAAACUACUGCGUUCUCACUACGUUCUAUUGCAACAGUAUUGCGACAUACUGGUAAACCAUUAUUUGGUGCUUGGAAUGCAAGACAACGUGAAUGCAUUUAUGGUUUGUCGAGAACUUGUGCAGCAAUGACUAUGAAAUGCUAUUCGUCCUUUGAUUAUCAGCGGAUUCUACUACUUCAGUUAUUAUCACCUUUGUUAUUGUCAACUGAUAGAGCUAAUGACCAGAUCUCAAGUGCAUUGCCUAAUUCACAAAGUUCUAAUAAUCGUUCGUUAUCUGAAGCACUCGAUGAGAGAAGAAAAGCAGUGAAUUCCAUGUUGAAUACGGGUGGAAUUAAUAAAGCUCAGCUGGAGUUAGCAGUAAUGAUUUUGAUUGAAGAAAAUAUUAAGGAACCUCCAAAUAUUCUUGCAAUCGAUAUGCUUUCAUUAGCGGUGGAACUGGCCAUGUGUGAGGGUUGGGAUCGCAUAAAUGAAAAUGGUGAAGAUGGAAACAAAUUAAAAAGUAGAAGAUUGCCUCAUGGUUCUUACAACGAACAAUAUAUGGUUAGAUUGGCAUUGAUAGGGCAUCUGUAUCAGGUAAUGGCAACAUUCGAUACAAAAUCAAUUUCUCAGAAAUGUACUGUUUCACCGUUUGCUACAUGCGAUGACAGAAUGUUGAAUGAUAUUCUAUUGCGACUGUAUGCUAUUGUUCAUCCUGGGCAAAGGCUGCAUUCAGUUGCUACGCUAAAAGAAGUAUGCCUACAAGUCAUAUAA